CUUUUAGAUAUAAAAGUUUACGUACUGUACAUGAUUAUAAUAAUUAAGUUGAAAUUAAAAAUGUUUCAAAUUUGGGCAGUAAUAAAUAUUUUGAUCAUCCCUACUAUAACAUUUGCUGAUGUUAUUAACUACACGGCAGCAAUUAUAGAAUAUCAUGCCGAUUCUCUUAAUUAUAGUUGGUCAGUUGAUGAACGUGUGAUGUGGAGAGCAAAAGAUCACAUCCGUAUUUUAGACAGCAUAACUGAGGAGUUAGAAAUCAUCCUGUUUCCCGAAAAAUCUUUAUACUAUCAGGAGAAUGUAUCUCUCAGUAGUACAGUCAUUCCAAAGAUAUCUGAAAAAAUUUGCAACUCAUCAGAAACCAGCGUUAAAGAAUAUUUGAAACUAUUUUCGUGUGCUGCGAUUCGAAAAAAUACCUCUAUUGCUAUUAACGUUAUUGAACAAGAUAACUGUACUUUAAAUGGGACAUGUGAAAGUCCAAUUUAUUAUAACACAGUAGUUAUCUUUGAUAAUAACGGAUAUUUAUCUGGAAGAUACCGUAAAUGGAAUUUAUUCGGGGAAUAUCAACUCUCUAAACCCAAAGAAAUGGAUAUUACUACAAUUAAAACAAAACAUAAUGUAACAUUCGGAAUUUUCAAUUGUUUUGAUAUUAUAUUUAACCAGCCUUCUUUAAAUUUGACCAGAGACUUAAAAGUGAAAAAUAUUUUAUUCCCAAAUCAUUGGAUAUCAGAACUUCCGUAUUUAACAGCAUUGCAGGCUCAACAAAUGUAUGCACAUGAAAAUAACAUAACAUUAUUAGUAUCCGGAAAAAAUAGCCCCAUGUCUGGAGGUAGUGGAUCUGGAAUUUAUAUUGGUGAAAAAGGUCCUGUAGAAACCAUUUUAAUUGGUGGAAAAGGAGGAACUAAAUUAUUAGUAAAAACCGUACCAAAUCUAGAAACUGAAGACAAUUUUGAUUUGAACAUAACAGAAGACGAAGAUAUUGAUGCCUUGGCUAUAAAGCUGGACGAUUUCUUCCUAUUAAGGGAUCUUUCAAUGGAUGAUCAUACAUCAAUUCCACUGAAAGAAAAUCAAUCGAAUAUUGUAGAACAAGUAUGCAAUGGUGAUAAUGUUAAAAUUUGUUGCAACUUCAAUAUAACCAUGGUAGUAAAUGAAACUGCAAAACUAAUGAACUACUACAGGUAUCAUAUGGCAGCUUUUAAUGGUAUAAGGUCGUUUUCUGGUAUAAGGAAUGCCAGUAUUGAAGCUUGUGGACUUGUUGCGUGUCUGAAUGAAUCAUUAUCAUCUUGUGCUUUAAGGUUUCCCAACUAUACAGAAGUUUCUUGGCCCAUUACUUUCAAAUCAAUAGUUGUCGAAGCUAACUUUACGUUAGACCAAAGUCGAAUUCAAUAUCCUAAUUCUUUGUUGAGUUCUCUGAAACCAAUAUUACCUCAAUAUACUUCUUGGGAAAAACAUGAAAGUAAGGAAUCUAUAAUCAGAAGACAUUCACUAAAUAAAAAUGAAAGUCGUUUGCUAUCGUUCGGUAUAUUUGGAAGAGAUUUCAACAGAGACGAUCUUCAAGAUAAUCAUUCUAGUAGAUCGGAGAUGUUAUCAGGAUCAUUAUUAGUAAUUUUGUGUUUGUAUUUAGUCAGUACUUUAAGUAUUAAUUACAGAUAGGAUUUGUUUCUUUCUAAACAAUUGUAUUAUUGAAAAAUAGGAUUAUAUAAUUUAGAAGUACUUAAAUUUGUGAACUUAAGUGGAAAAUAAUUUGUUUAUUAAAAGCCAUUAAAUUUAAA